AUGAACGGUAGAUAUGACGCGACCUCGUCGCGGCCAAAGAUCACGGUUCGACAACUGAACCGUGACCAUGCCAACUUUGUGCUCGAGAACGUGGAUCUUUCGUUCGCCAAUUCGUUGAGGCGCAUCAUGAUCGCCGAUAUCCCUACGGUGGCAAUCGACAUGGUCGAGGUGCGGAACAACACGACGGUGUUGCCGGACGAGUUCUUGGCGCAUAGACUGGGCAUGAUCCCACUGCUCAGCAUGGACUGCGCCAAGGCGUUGGUGGAUCACAGGGACUGUGCGUGUGAGGACGGUUGUGAUCGAUGUUCGGUCGAACUGACAUUACGCGCACGCUGCACAACGCGCGGCAACCUUGAGGUAACGUCGCGCGACUUGAUACGGUCGGACACGAUCGAGAACGCGACGAUCUACGACGAUGAUGCGAUGGCCGAGCCUGCUGCUCCGAAACACCCGGACUUUGGGCGACCGGUCGGCCACGAUGGCUCCACCCCCCCGAUCAUGCUCGUCAAGAUGUCCAAGGGACAAGAGCUCGACUUGCGCUGCAUCGCACGUAAAGGAUUUGCGAAGGAACACGCCAAGUGGUCGCCCUGUUCGGCGGUCGGGUUCGAGUACGAUCCGCACAACGCGCUGCGCCACACGACGUACUGGUACGAGUACGACGCCAAGCAGGAAUGGCCCGAAGGCGCCAACGCCGAGUUCGAAGAGCCGCCGCAGGAAGGCGCGCCGUUCGACUACAACAAAAAGGCCAACAAGUUCUACUUUGACGUCGAGGCGAGCGGCAGCAUGCACCCCGCCGAGAUUGUUGAGACAGGCCUGGGCCUGCUCGAGUACCGCGUGGCGCAGAUCGUACAGGAGCUGAGCAUGCUCGACGAGCAGCCAGGCGGAGGCGUGGGCGGCCUGGAGAACGGCAUGAUGGAUCCUUACGGUGCACCGCCGGGCGUCAAUGGCGGGGGGAUGGAUCUGAACGGUCAUGGAGGCGCGGAUAUGAACGGUUACCCAGCGCAGGUGGCCAAUCCGUAUGCUGGCUCUGGCUGGGAUUGA